AUGAGGAUCAACCUGACACUCCACCAUGACGAUGGCCGUGUUUCUCUCAGUGCAAAAGGCUCCCCAAAUCAUGAUAAAGUCCAUAGACAUCCCCACCUCACCAACAGCUCAGGACACACCUCAGCCAAGCCCCAGUGGCCUGCGGGCCUGGGGCAGUGCAGGAGCGGUAUAAAAGGGGGACCUUCUCCGCACUCUCUCAUUCACUCCUCUCACCUCCAUCUCCUUGGCACCAAGGUGCACGUGCAGCCCCAAGACAUGUCCUGCUACAGCCCGUGCCGGCCCUGCCAGCCCUGCGGCCCCACCCCGCUGGCCAACAGCUGCAAUGAGCCCUGUGUCAGGCAGUGCCAGGACUCCACCGUUGUCAUUGAGCCGCCUGCUGUGCUGGUGACCCUGCCCGGCCCCAUCCUCAGCUCCUUCCCACAGAACACCGCCGUGGGAUCCUCCACCUCUGCUGCUGUUGGCAACGUCCUCAGCUCUCAGGGAGUGCCCAUCAACUCUGGGGGCUUUGGCCUCUCUGGCUUUGGCAGUGGCCUCUGUGGCACGAGGUGCCUCCCCUGCUAA